UCUCGAUUUUAGGAAUUGCAAUGCGUUAGCACGCGCUCUUCAGUUGUUCAGGCGCCCGCUGCGCUGCCCAGCCAGGGGCAAGUCUAAACUAGGCAAAACUCUCGAAUGAAUCGCUCGGGAACAACUGCUCGAAACGGAACUAGAUCUCUCUGGUGCCGAUGCUGUAGGAAACUCGGCCGUUGAGGCAACCGAGAUGCAUGCUCCGCGCCUGCCUAGUCGCUCGCCCUCCAGAGACCAACACAUGACUGAAAGCGGAGGUAUCUUUUCCAGCGAUGCAGAGAAAGCUGAGCACGGUCAAAUGGUGUCGAAAUCUCCGGAACCGACAAAUGACAGGGAGGGAAGGAAGCGCAAAGAUGAGAAUCACCGAACUUCAUCUUCUAAUAAAGAUUCUUACCACACCAGAGUAUCUCCUUCCAAGAGGCACCACGCUGGAGUCCAUCACUCGAGGUCCGGGGAAGCUGAUGCCAAGGCUAAUAAUGGUGUGCGGGCGAGUCCGAGGGACGAGCCCGACGAUAGGAAUGGGUUUGACAGGCAGUCAACCAGGACGCGCCGGGAUGAGAGGGAGAGGAGCAGCAGCCGUGUCGGUCGUGAUGGGCAUGGUGACAGGCGUGAUAGCCGGGAAAGAUACAGGGAUGAAAGAAGGCACAGCAGCAGUGCUGUGGAUAGAGACAGCGUUGUUGACCGUAGGCACAGGGAAAGGAGCAGCAGUCACAGUAGACCUGAACCAAGGGAAAGCGCACGGCACGCUCGUGAGGAGAGCAGGGAGAGGGAAAGGCGCAGUGGUAGUUCAAGGCAUAAUAAGGACCAUGAGAGAAGGGAUACAAGUAAGGACAGUUAUGGCGCGGCUGGUGCUUGGCAUGAAAGGGAUAGAGGGAGGGAUGAUAGAGACAGGGGGCGGCAUAGGGAUAUGGAAAGUGAAACUCGGAGAACCGGAGCUGGCGAACGCAAGGACAGAGUUAUUAGCAAUAGUGAUUGGCACAGGGAUUCUACACGCUCGAGAUAUAGCACAUCUGAUGUUCAUAAAGACAGGUCGAGGUCUGGGGAUAAAGGUAGAGAUGCAGACAGUAGAAGCCAGCGAUCUAGAGAUGAACAUUCUUUGAAGGAAGAAGAUGAAGAAGACUACCAAGAGAAAAUUGAACAACAGUUAGCAAUGCAGGAAGAAGAUGACCCUGAAAAGAUUAAGGAGGAAGCGAGGAGGAGGAAAGAAGCUAUUAUGGCAAAGUACAGGCAGCAACAAAUACAGAAGCAGCAACUGGAAUCAUUACCUAGAAGCAAUGAUGAAGAAGUAAGAGCAGUGGAUGGAAAUGAGGCUGUGGAUGAGAAGGAUGAUAAUGAUAGCAAUUCUAUGGACAAUGAGGAAGCCGAAAACAAGCUAGAUUCUUCAGGUGCAUUUGCUGGUGAAGUAGACUUCACUGUGGUCAAAUCUCCUGCACAUGGUGCUGUUUCUUCCCGUGCGGAAGCCUUACUUAAUGAAGGGACAACGGGUGUUUCAGGCCUUGGUGAGGGUACUCCAAAGAGUGAGAGAUCACCAGAUAUGUUUUGCGAUGAUAUUUUUGGAGAAUCGCCUGCAGGAUUUCGUAAACUGGACAAGGGAGAUGGCUUGUGCGUUGAGAAAAAUGCUCUUCAUGACAAUUGGGAUGAUCCUGAGGGUUACUAUACUCACCGGUUUGGGGAAUUGUUGGAUGGCCGUUAUGAGAUUACAGCUGCACACGGGAAGGGGGUAUUCUCAACAGUCGUCCGUGCAAAAGAUCUUAAAGCCGGAAAAGAUGAUCCUGAAGUAGUUGCUAUUAAAAUCAUUCGCAAGAACGAGACAAUGUACAAGGCCGGUAAGCAAGAGGUUUCAAUAUUGGAAAAACUGGCAAGUGCGGACCGUGAGGACAGACGACACUGCGUGCGGUUUAUUUCUAGUUUCAUGUACCGGAACCAUCUUUGCUUAGUUUUUGAAUCUUUAAAUAUGAAUCUCCGUGAGGUACUAAAGAAAUUUGGUCGUAAUAUUGGGCUUAAGCUGACUGCUGUGAGGGCAUAUUCAAAGCAGCUCUUCAUCGCCCUGAAGCACCUGAAGAACUGCAAAGUUCUGCACUGUGAUAUAAAGCCAGAUAAUAUGCUGGUGAAUGAUGCUAAGAAUGUCCUAAAGCUAUGUGAUUUUGGCAAUGCUAUGCUUGCUGGAAUGAACGAGGUCACACCUUAUCUCGUGAGCCGUUUCUAUCGGGCACCUGAGAUCAUUCUUGGGUUGCCUUAUGAUCACCCGUUGGACAUCUGGUCAGUUGGCUGCUGUCUAUAUGAACUUUCUACUGGAAAGGUCCUGUUUCCAGGUGCAACAAAUAACGACAUGCUUCGGCUUCAUAUGGAACUGAAGGGCCCCUUCCCUAAGAAGAUGCUCAAAAAGGGUGCCUUCACGAUGCAACACUUCGACCAAGAUCAUAAUUUUAAUGCUAUUGAGGAGGAUCCUGUGACAAAAAAGCCCAUGAGGAAGUUGAUUCUCAACAUUAAACCAAAGGAUUUUGGUUCUUUGGUUUCGAACUUUCCUGGAGAGGACCCAAGAAUGCUCUCCAAUUUUAAAGAUCUUCUUGAAAAAAUAUUUAUCUUAGAUCCAGAUAAGAGGAUAACCGUAUCGCAGGCACUUAGCCAUCCAUUUAUCACUGGCAAGUGAAAAUAAGAUGUUGAUUCCUCUUGACAUUGUAAACUAUAAUUUGGGUUCUUGUCUAAUGAUCGGCAUUUCUAUCUUGUGUCCUGGCCUCCUGGGAGCUAUGAGAUCUGAGUACGUGGACAAAGCUUGGGAUUGCGAAGAGAUGACUGUCUUACAGACCUUGCUGCAUGCACUUAUCAGUUGGAUAGGUUCUGUUGCUUGUAAGACAACUGGCCGACUGGCAUUUCAUUCACUGUACACAAUUUUUCCUGUGGAUUUACAAGAUAUACAUGAAAUCGCGUUCACUUAA